UCCGGUGCCGUGAAGAACAACAUCCUGUCCGAAGCAACCGAAGCAACAAUGGCAUUCAAGUUCCUGACCUUUGCCGCUCUGAUCGCUGUUGCCCGCGCUGGAGUGAUCGCCACGCCAGCGGUCAGCUACCAUGCUGCCCCGGCCGUAGUGGCUGCUCCGGUCGCUAAGGUCGCUUACGCCGCGGCACCAACGCUGGUUGCUGCCCCGGCGGUGGCCAAGGUUGCUUAUGCUGCCCAGCCCGAGGAGUACGACGCGAACCCUCACUAUUCCUACUCGUACGGUAUCUCGGACGCCCUGACCGGAGACUCCAAGUCCCAGCAGGAGUCGCGCAGCGGAGAUGUUGUCCAGGGAUCGUACUCGCUCGUUGAUGCCGAUGGUUUCAAGCGUACCGUCGAGUACACCGCUGACCCACACCACGGAUUCAACGCUGUCGUCCACCGUGAGCCUCUGGCCGCCAAGACUGUCGUCGCUGCUGCCCCGGUAGCCACCAAGGUCAUUGCUCAGCCAGCUCUCGCUUACGCCGCUCCAGUGGCCAAGACCAUCUCGUACGCUGCUCCGGUUGCCACCAAGACGGUCAUUGCUCAGCCAGCCCUCGCUUACGCCGCUCCGGUCGCCAAGCUGGCCGCUCCGGUUGCCUACACCACCGGCUACCAUCACUAAUG